AUGCCUGUGAACAACCGGGCCAUGGUGCCGCCAGAUCUGGCCCGUUUCGUCCGAUCCCGCUCUGCCACCAUCCAGCCCAUCGACCACAUCCAGGUACCCAAGCAUCCACAGCCAAUCGAGUCCUCUUUGACCUGCCCAGCGGUUGGACUAGAGGCUCCCGAUUUAGUCGUUACUACCAUCCUCAAGUCUCCAUUCCCCCCCAUUCCCCAUGCUCCCGAGCUAGCCCCUAGCUUCUUCCACUCGUUCCCCUGUGUCACUGUCCAAGAGCUAAGGCUUAGCAUGGCGGUCCCACUCGAGAGCUUCCGUGAGAAACCCAUGUCCAUGAUGGAGAUGGACGACGAGGCGGCUAUCGCUUGCCACCACUCCUCCUUGUACACGCCUUCUCCUGGUAGUACUGCCAUGGCCAUGGGGGCGGAGAGGCGCCAGGCCUGCUCUUCGACGACUACGACGCUGAUCCACACGACGAGGCAGAGCCUCUGCACCCUCAAGCCAUAUGCGACUGCAGACGCACCUGUUCCCCUUCUAGUAUAA